AUGUCCUCCAGGUCAGUUCGUUCUGGUGUUGCUCAUUCCUGUGUUCAAGGGAUUGAGCCUACAGUCAUGAUUUUGGGAGUAAUGCUGAUAGUUGCCCUGAUGCUUUGUGCUGUGGGUCUGGCUUCUCUCAUCAGGCACAAUAUCCUGAACAGCCAACUAUUCAGGGGACCUAACAAGAUCAUACUGACCUUGGAUGAUGUUGUCUUCAUCAACCCAGAGCUACAUAAAAAGAGGCUGACCUUGGACAGUCUGACUGAAGCAAACAGCGUAGUAGCCGAUAGCAGAAGCCUGAAAUCCGUAACCCGCUCCUUUUCCUUGAGAAGUGCAGCUGCCACUCACGAAACCUCCAACGUGGCUUUGUAUGAGGGAGACUGGGUAUGGCUGAAAAAAUUUGAAACGGGAGCAGUUCACAACCUGCGGCAAAGCUCCACCAGCAUCUUGAGGAAGAUGAAAGAUCUGCGUCACGAAAAUGUGAAUCUGUUCCUGGGCUUUUUCUCUGACUGUGGCAUCUUUGCCAUAGUGACAGAGUACUGCUCCCGAGGAAGCCUGGAGGACUUGCUGAGAAAUGAAGAUAUGAAACUGGAUUGGAUGUUCAAGUCCUCUCUCGUGAUGGAUCUAAUUAAAGGAAUUAGGUAUUUGCAUCACCGAGAUUUUGCUCAUGGACGUCUCAAGUCUCGUAACUGCGUGGUGGACGGUCGGUUUGUGCUGAAGAUCACUGACUAUGGUUAUAACGAGCUCUUAGAAGCACAGAAAUGCCGGUAUAUCCAGCCACCCCCAGAAGAAUUGCUCUGGACAGCCCCUGAGUUGCUGAGGGACGCAGACAUGUGCAGAAAAGGCACAUUUAAAGGGGACAUUUACAGCUUUGCCAUCAUCCUGCAAGAAGUGGUUGUUCGGGGCCCACCGUACUGCAUGUCGGAACUCUCAGCUGAGGAAAUUAUAAAGAAAGUGAAGAAGCCCCCUCCCCUGUGCCGCCCAAACAUAGCCCCUGAGUUGGCACCCCUGGAGUGCAUCCAGGUGAUGAAGCAAUGUUGGGGAGAAGCCCCUGAGCGACGUCCGACCUUUGAGGAGGUAUUUCAUAAGUUCAAAACCAUCAACAAAGGGAAAAAGACCAAUAUCAUUGACUCAAUGCUCAGGAUGCUUGAGCAGUAUUCGAGCAACCUGGAAGAUUUAAUCAGGGAGAGGACUGAAGAGCUAGAGAUUGAAAAACAGAAGACAGAAAAACUACUGUCACAAAUGCUUCCCCCAUCAGUGGCAGAAGCCCUCAAGACUGGAGGCACCGUGGAGCCCGAGUAUUUUGACCAGGUGACCAUCUACUUCAGUGACAUCGUGGGCUUCACAACCAUUUCAGCCCUCAGUGAACCCAUUGAGGUGGUUGACCUUCUGAACGACCUUUACACACUGUUUGAUGCUGUUCUUGGAAACCAUGAUGUUUACAAG